GGUGGGGCAGCCGGGACCGGACGGGGCGGGAGCGGCCGGGUCCCGGGUGUAUGCGGCCGCCGGACGCGCCGGGGCCGGCAGCGGGGAAGCGGGGCGCUGACGGCUGACAGGGGGGCUGUCCCUCCGCCCCCAGAGCAGCAUGGAUGCCCCACGGAGGGACAUGGAGUUGCUGAGCAACAGCCUGGCGGCCUACGCACACAUCCGCGCUAACCCCGAGAGCUUUGGCCUCUACUUCGUGCUGGGAGUCUGCUUUGGCCUGCUGCUGACGCUGUGUCUACUAGUCAUCAGUAUCUCCUGCGCGCCCCGCCCGCGGCCCCGGGCCCCUGCGCCGCGCCGGGACCCCCGCAGCAGCACCCUGGAGCCCGAGGACGACGAGGACGACGAGGAGGACACGGUGACCCGGCUGGGCCCCGACGACACGCUGCCGGGCCCAGAGCUGAGCGCCGAGCCAGACGGGCCGCUGAGCGUCAACGUCUUCACGUCGGCAGAGGAGCUGGAGCGGGCGCAGCGCCUGGAGGAGCGGGAACGGAUCCUGAGGGAGAUUUGGCGCACCGGGCAGCCGGACCUGCUGGGCACCGGCACGCUGGGCCCCAGCCCCACGGCCACAGGCACCCUGGGUCGCAUGCACUAUUACUGACCGGCCCCUUUCCGCUGCAAAGAGCUCUGCGUACUGGACAUGCGCAGGAACUCACAGCUGCCCAGGCGUUGGGACUGCCCCUGCCCGCGGUGCUAUGGAGGCCCCGCCCCCACGGCUCCCCCAGUGCUAUAUUGGGCCUGGAUCCCCCCUUCUGGGAUCCCCAGUCCUGCCAGAAAGCCCGUGGGGGACAGGACCCAGGGUCCCCAGCCCCUUUCGUGGGAUCGGUUAAGAGAUGACCAAUGAAAACUGCAUUCUCAGUGA